GCCAUUUGCCUCAGCACAUCGGUUCCCAAGGGGCUUGAGGUAUUUGAACAUCGGGAAUCUAGGGUCAGUUUCCAAGUCUGUGGCGGGAUUCGAAAAGGACCGGAACGUAAAAAAUUUCCCCGGAAGCCCGCACGAACCUGUGUGGUCUGGUCCUCCGGAGGACCGCAACCUCUCAGGCUCGUCCUUCAGCCCGCAGCCACCAAGAGCAACGGUUCGGGCAGGUUCGUCAUUUUCACGAAAGAUCCCGAGUUCCCGAGUACAGCCGGUUUCCGUGGUCACCCGGCUAAGGCCGGAUGCGCUUGGGGAGCUUCAGCCGAGGCCUGCAAGGCGCUCGAUUCACCCCUCUCCCCUCAAAAAAGUCUAACUAUGGCGGCCUGGAAGGACCACCCGCAGGUGUCUCCGACCUUUGAAGAUGUAGCCGUGGCUUUCACCCAGGAGGAGUGGGGGCAGCUGGACCCUGCUCAGAAGACUCUGUACCAAGAGGUGAUGCUGGAAAUCUCUGGGUUCCUGGUGUCUCUGGGGUAUCCUGUUCCCACACUGAAGCUGCUGGAACAAGGGCAGGAACCAUGGGCAGUGACAAAGUCCCUCUCCCAAAGCACCUGCUCAGGUGACAGUGUAAAAACCAAGGCCAUAGGACCUACCACUUCUAAGCCACUGCUGUCUGAGGCAACCUCAUUCCAGGAACAGUCAGCACCAAGAACCCCAGGAGGCUUGCAGUGGGUGCCAACCAAAGGCCACGAUGAUGCACCGGAAAUUCAGGAGAGGCUCUUCAUACAAGAGACAGAGGCCCAGGAGGAGAAGCUUCCUGCGAAAAUGAGUCCUAUACCAGAUGAUGUGGGGACAGCUGAGGAAUUGUGUCCGACGUUCAUACAGGAGGAAGAGGAAACAGUCUUCAAAUGCAGAGACUGUGGAAAGGCAUUUAGUAAGAAAAACCUUCUUGCUUCACAUGAGAAAAUCCACUCUGGAGUGAAGCCUUAUGAGUGUACAGAAUGUGGGAAGACCUUCAUAAAGAGCACCCAUCUCCUUCAGCACCAGAUGAUCCACACUGGGGAGAGGCCCUACGAGUGUCUGGAAUGUGGGAAGGCCUUCAACCGCAAGUCCUACCUUUCCCAGCACCAGCGGAUCCACAGUGGGGAGAAGCCAUAUACGUGCAGUGAGUGUGGGAAGGCCUUCACACACCGCUCUAAUUUUGUCUUGCACGGCAGGAGACACACUGGAGAGAAAUCGUUUGUGUGUACAGAAUGUGGACAAGUCUUUCGACACAGGGGAGGUUUCCUUAGGCACUGUGUCACUCAUGGUGGAGAGGACCCUUACGAGUGCUUUGAGUGCGGACAGGUCUUCAAACACAGGUCCUACCUCAUGUGGCACCAGCAGACGCACACUGGGGAGAAGCCAUACGAGUGCAGUGAGUGUGGGAAAGUCUUCCUGGAGAGCGCAGCCCUGAUCCACCACUAUGUGAUCCACACCGGGGAGAAGCCCUUUGAGUGCCUUGAGUGUGGCAAGGCCUUCAACCACAGGUCCUACCUCAAGAGGCACCAGCGCAUUCACACUGGGGAGAAGCCUUACGUGUGCAGCGAGUGUGGGAAAGCCUUCACCCACUGCUCUACUUUCAUCUUGCAUAAAAGAGCCCACACUGGAGAGAAACCCUUUGAGUGCAAAGAAUGUGGGAAAGCCUUUGGCAAUCGGAAAGACCUUAUUCGCCACUUCAGCAUCCACACUGGGGAGAGGCCCUAUGAGUGUACGGAGUGCGGGAAGGCCUUUGCCCUCAUGUCUGGUCUUACGAGGCACAAGCGGAUUCAUAGUGGGGAAAAACCUUUUGAAUGUAUUGAGUGUGGGAAAUCCUUCUACUGGAGCACAAACCUCAUUCGCCACGCCAUCAUCCACACUGGGGAGAAGCCGUAUAAGUGCAGUGACUGUGGGAAGGCCUUCAGCCGCAGCUCAUCCCUCACUCAGCAUCAAAAAAUUCACUCUGGAGGGAAGCUGUAUGAGUGUACCGAGUGUGGGAAGGCCUUCAGCAAGAGCGCAUACCUUCUUCAGCAUCAGAUGGUUCACAGUGGGGAGAAGCCUUAUAAGUGCAUGGAGUGCGGGAAGGCCUUCGGCCGCAAAUCCCACCUCACACAGCACCGGCGGAUCCACAGUGGGGAGAAACCGUAUAAAUGUGACGAGUGCGGCAGGGCUUUCACACACCGCUCUACAUUUGUCUUACAUAACAGGAGCCACACUGGAGAAAAACCUUUUGUCUGUAAAGAAUGUGGAAAAGCUUUUCGAGACAGGCCAGGCUUCAUUCGCCAUUACAUCAUCCACAGUGGGGAGAACCCGUACGAGUGCUUUGAGUGCGGACAGGUCUUCAAACACAGGUCCUACCUCAUGUGGCACCAGCAGACGCACACUGGGGAGAAGCCAUACGAGUGCAGUGAGUGUGGGAAAGUCUUCCUGGAGAGCGCAGCCCUGAUCCACCACUAUGUGAUCCACACCGGGGAGAAGCCCUUUGAGUGCCUUGAGUGUGGCAAGGCCUUCAACCACAGGUCCUACCUCAAGAGGCACCAGCGCAUUCACACUGGGGAGAAGCCUUACGUGUGCAGCGAGUGUGGGAAAGCCUUCACCCACUGCUCUACUUUCAUCUUGCAUAAAAGAGCCCACACUGGAGAGAAACCCUUUGAGUGCAAAGAAUGUGGGAAAGCCUUUGGCAAUCGGAAAGACCUUAUUCGCCACUUCAGCAUCCACACUGGGGAGAGGCCCUAUGAGUGUACGGAGUGCGGGAAGGCCUUCAACCGUAGGUCAGGACUCACCAGGCACCAGAGGAUUCAUAGCGGGGAGAAACCCUAUGAAUGCGUCGAGUGUGGGAAAACCUUUUGUUGGAGCACAAACCUCAUCCGGCAUGCUGUCAUCCACACGGGAGAGAAGCCCUAUGAAUGCAGCAACUGUGGGAAGGCCUUCAGCCGCAGCUCAUCCCUCACUCACCAUCAAAGGAUGCACAGCGAGAGAAACCCUGCCGGUGAAGCAGAUGAGGAAAGGCCCUUUACAAGUGGGCAGACUUCUGUCAACAUCCAACAACUUCUAUUGGGAAAUGGCUUUUUUAAUGUGACCACUGAGGAAAAUCUUUUCCAGACAGAAGCAUCUUACAUAGCACGUGCUAAUUCAUACCAAAGAGAAACCCCACAAGUGUCUUCACUGUGAGAGAACUUGUUGCAGAUUGCUGCUCGUCAUAUGAAAACAUUAGAUAUGAGCAUUGUUUUCCAGCCGAGAAUGUAAGAGAGACACCCAGUGGGUACUUUGCACUCAUAAAAACCUUCAACCGUAUCUUUCUCCUACUUUGAAGCGCGGUGUUAGCUCAGGAAUUUUUGUGAGGAGGAGGUGACAUAGGAAUAAAAACUUUAAGCACCGUU